GUUCUAAGAGUUGCUUGUUCACUUUGCAGGGGCCAAGAUGUGGUUUUCCUGGAUUCUGCUCCUGGCGUCUCUAGCAACAUCCUCCGCUUCGUUAAGAACACGAGAAUGGGCUCAUCACGGAGCUUUGAUGUUUGCAGAUCUCACUCCCCGAGAGAUGAACGCCGUGAGAGACUACCUCUACUCCUGCAGCGAGCUGGGCCUCACCUCGGCGCGAGACAAGUCCCUCAAGAAGAACAGCAUUUUCCUUAUGGAGCUGCACGUUCCGCGCAAACACGAGGCGCUCCGUGCGCUGGACAGAGGACAGGCGAAACCUUCCCGGCAGGCACGUGUUGUGGUCCAGUUUGGGAACCAAAUGGAGCCGAACGUAACAGAGUUUAUCGUUGGCCCCCUGCCUUUCCCAAAGUCCUACCAUUUGAAGACGUUCAAGGGUGAGCGCCUCAUCCGCUUCGAGUCGAGGCCGAUCUCCUCGGUGGAGUACGAGCACCUGAGUGGGGUUUUGGAGAAAGUUGCAGCUAAAGUAAACAAAAUUCUGCAGGAGAGCACCGGGUUUACUUUCGGCAACUGCACCGAUCGCUGCUUGACCUUCUCGGACAUCGCUCCUCGAGGUUUAGGCCCAGGAGAGAGGCGUACAUGGAUCAUGCUGCAGAAGUUUGUGGAGGGCUACUUCAUCCACCCCGUGGGCUUCGAGGUCCUUGUUAACCACAAAGACCUUGAUCACAAUAAGUGGACUGUGGAGAAGGUAUGGUAUAACGGACAGUAUUUUGAUAGCGUGGAGGAACUUGUGGAGAAGUACGAGAAAGGGACGAUCUCUAAAUUCAAGUUACCGGAGCAUGACGAAGAGGAUCUUUUCUCUACUUACAUUCCCCGUGGACACAUGAACACACGGACGAACAUCCAUGGAGCAAAGCUUGUCGAACCUCAAGGCCGCAGAUUCCAGGUGGAUCAGAACUUUGUGGAAUAUGCUGGAUGGUCUUUUGCCUAUCGGGUUCGCUCUUCGGCUGGGUUGCAGAUCUUUGACCUUCGCUUCAAUGGGGAGAGAAUUGCUUAUGAAAUCAGCUUGCAGGAAGCCAUCGCCUUCUACUCUGGAGACACUCCAGCCGCCAUGCAGACCAAAUACAUUGACGCCGGGUGGGCGAUGGGCACCUCGGAUUAUGAAUUGGCACCUGGGAUCGACUGUCCAGAAAUUGCUCAUUUUGUGGACCUUUACCAUUACUAUGAUACGGACAAACCUGUGCGUUACAGAAAUGCUCUUUGCAUCUUUGAAAUGACCACUGCAAUUCCUCUGAGAAGACACUACAAUAGCAACUUCCAAGGAGGCUUUAAUUUUUAUGGAGGCUUGGAAAAUCACGUUCUGGUGCUCAGAACCACAUCGACCGUGUACAACUACGACUACAUCUGGGACUUUGUCUUCUACCAGAAUGGCGUGAUGGAGUCUAGAGUGAGUGCGACUGGGUAUAUCCAUGCAACGUUCUUCACGGAAAACGGAUUGAACUAUGGAACCAGGGUUUACAACUAUGUACUUGGGAACCUGCACACCCAUCUAAUUAAUUACAAAGUGGACCUUGACAUUGCAGGGAGGGACAACAGCUUUGAAUCCAUUGAUCUGAAAUAUGUUAACUUUACCAACCCCUGGAGCCCAGAACACACCGUCGUGCAAUCGAAGCUGCAUAGGACGCAGCAUGAAACUGAACGUAGUGCUGCCUUCCGCUUUGGCAAGAAGUUUCCCAAAUACCUGCACUUCUACAAUCCCAAUCAAAACAACAAGUGGGGGCAUAAGAAGGGCUAUCGAAUCCAGUACAACUCACAUGGUAACAGUGUUUUGCCCCGGGGCUGGAGGGAAGAAAAUGGUAUUACUUGGGCAAGAUACCCACUGGCUGUAACCAGACACAAGGACAGCGAGGUCACCAGUACUAGCAUCUACACCCAGAAUGACCCGUGGGAGCCUGUUGUUUCCUUUGAGGAAUACAUUCGCAACAAUGAAAACAUUGUUAACCAGGAUUUGGUUGCCUGGGUGACGGUGGGAUUCCUACACAUUCCUCAUUCUGAAGACAUUCCCAACACAGCGACUCCAGGAAACUCGGUGGGAUUCUUCCUACGUCCCUUCAACUUUUUUGACGAGGACCCCUCGCUAGCGUCCCGCAGCACGGUCAUCGUGCGGCCCGAUAAGAAGGGCCAGCCAAAGGUGCAGAGAUGGACUCCAGAGGUCGUAGGUCACUGUGUCUCAGACAAGCCUUUCUUCUAUAACGGCACAUACUCUGGUGUCUAGGCAGAGACCGAGCUCGUUUCAUGUUGCGUUGGUGUUUUUGUGCUGUAUGUAAAAUUUAGAAACAGCAGAGUUUAUGAAUUUAAAUGCUAAUUGUGUCAAAUAUUUAAAACCAUCUGAACAAAUGAACGUCAAAUUCCUUAAAUGUAAAGCUUAUGAAAAACUGUAUCUUUGUCUGACAUUAAAUAUUUUCACAAUUCAGAAA